AUGAAGAAUAACGAAGAAAAAUUAAACCGAAGUGAAUGUGGGGAAAGGCUUUCGGAACUGGUAGAAAUGACUGAGGAGGAAAUAACUCUGGAGGAAUCGAGAGACCUUAUGUGGAUAAUUGGCGAAGAACUUAAUAAGGCAUUGGACUGCCUGAAUGGACUAACUGUGGUUUUCGCAGAUAUAAGGGCAAAAGAUUUGUCAAAGAACAUGAUGAUCCUUAUCAGCAGUGUGCUACCUAUAAUCGCGUUUUUUGUUCAAUUUGGUGAUUUGAAUGCUUCGGUAAAUAGUAGAGCUCCCGGCCCGCUCACGCCGAACGUAGUGCCUGCAUCUAACCCACGGGAUGGCCUAGAUGAUCACCGCCCACCAGAUGAGCGUAUCCUUCAUGGGGACACCUACAUUUCGUUGUGGCUAGAUCCUCGCAACCGAAGAACAGUUGUGAGAGCCGACUUUGCGACCAAUAUAGUUCCAACUCCACAAUUUGUUGCAAGCAACAAGUUUUAUAUGAAGCUUACUAAUAUAGGAGACCACCGUGGAAACUUUACAGUUGUGGGAUAUUUCUGGGAUGAUGAUGUACUUUUCGGAGUCCGAGCACCAAACCCUUAUGCUUAUUCUAGAUUCUUUCUAGAACCCAGUGCAUCACAAUGGUUUAUCAUUUAUUCUGGAAGAGCUUUUAAGGUACAGACAAAUCCUCAUACUGGAAUGGUGGAAAGUGUAAGCCUCUUUCCUGAGAAUGUACAUGAAAGACCAGAAAAUCAACGAGAUCUCAAACGUUUAUAUUAUGGAAUGGGUGGGGUAAACUUUUGGAUCUUCUAUAUACCCAGAAGAGGAUAUUUGGGAGCUCAAUACUGCCCGGUUCAUCCUCUUCCUGGAUUUCCGCACUCUCAAUGGAUGUAA